GAAACAGGAAACUCAGCUGGGCUGGGGCAGCUUGCUAGCUAGCUCUGCGUUUGGAAACAGCUCAUGACAGGAAAGCGGCUCGUAUUGUUGUGUUUGUAUGGAUAAACAAAGCGACUAAGGGCAAGAUAUUGUCAUUCCAGAUACACAUUGUUUUAUUAAGAACCUGCAAAAGUGCUGAAUAAACAACACAAACAAACGUGCAGCAGUGGUUUGAACGGGUGCUCUGGCACGGAGCCCUGCCCCUCUCCCUGCCCUCGCGUGCCCGGCAGUAAGUACGGCGUGUGCCUGCAGCAGGAGGGAUGACGGCCAUCAAGCACGCCCUGCAGAGGGACAUCUUCACGCCCAGCGACGAGCGGCUCCUCAGCAUUGUCAACGUGUGCAAGGCCGGGAAGAAGAAGAAGAACUGCUUCCUGUGCGCCACAGUGACCACCGAGCGCCCCGUGCAUGUGCAGGUGGUGAAGGUGAAGAAGUCGGACAAGGGCGACUUCAAGAGACAGACCGCCUGGGAGCUCAGCAACCUGGCCAUCGUAGACGCGAAAGAUGCCAACAAGGAAAACCCCGAAUUCGACCUGCACUUUGAGAAGGCGUACAAGUGGGUGGCCAGCAGCACGGCGGAGAAGAACUCGUUCAUCUCCUGCAUCUGGAAGUUAAACCAGAGGUACCUGAGGAAGAAAAUCGAUUUUGUUAACGUCAGCUCCCAGCUGCUGGAAGAGCUUCCUAAAGCUGAAGAGUCUGUCCCCAGCGGGGAGAACCAGAGUGUUGCCGGGGGCGAUGAGGAUGCUCUGGACGACUAUCAAGAGCUGAGCACCCGGGAGGAGCAGGACAUCGAAAUAAUGAUGGAGGGCUGCGAGUACGCCAUCUCCAACGCCGAGGCCUUCGCCGAGAAACUGUCCAGAGAGCUGCAGGUGCUCGACGGGGCGAACAUUCAGUCCAUCAUGGCUUCGGAGAAGCAGGUCAACACCCUGAUGCAGCUGCUGGACGAGGCCCUGAGGGAGGUGGACACCAUCGAGGGCAAGCUCAGCAGCUACGAGGAGAUGCUGCAGAGCGUAAAGGAGCAGAUGGACCAGAUCUCGCAGAGCAACCACCUCAUACAGCUCAGCAACACCAACAACGUGCAGCUCCUGGAGGAGAUCGAGUUCCUGGUGAACUACAUGGACCUGUCGAAGGGGCACAUCAAGGCGCUGCAGGAGGGGGACCUGUCCGCCUCCAAGGGCAUCGAGGCCUGCACCAACGCCGCAGAGGCACUCCUGCAGUGCCUGAGCGUCGCGCUCAGACCAGGACACGACAGACUUCACGCCGUGAAGCAGCAGCAGCACCUGUUUAGUGAAUUGAGGGAUCAGUUUGCAAGGAGACUCACCAACCACCUCAACAACGUGUUCGUUCACCAGGGUCAUGACCAGAGCUCCACCUUGGCCCAGCACUCGGCGGAGCUCACCCUGCCCAAGCACAGCCCACUGCACCGCGACCUGCUGCGCUACGCUAAGCUAAUGGAGUGGCUGAAGAUCACCCAGGACGAGAAACAUGGGGGCUUGACGGCGAAUUACGUUGAUUACAUUUCAAGAUUGUAUGAACGCGAAAUUAAAGAUUUCUUUGAAGUUGCCAAGAUUAAAAUGGCGAGCACAACCAAAGAGGGGAAGAAAUUCGCCACGCUGCCUCGAAAAGAGAGUGCUGUCAAACAGGAGACGGAGAGCCUCCACGGCAGCGCGGGGAAGCUGACCGGCUCCACCUCGAGCCUCAACAAGCUGACCGUCCAGGGCUCCGGCAGCCGCAGGUCCCAGUCCUCCUCCCUGCUGGACAUGGGCAACAUGUCGGCCUCCGACCUUGACGUGGCAGACAGGACGAAGUUCGACAAGAUCUUUGAGCAGGUCCUGAGUGAGCUGGAGCCUCUCUGCCUGGCCGAGCAGGACUUCAUUAUUAAAUUCUUCAAACUGCACCAGCAGCCCGCCCUGGCAGGGUCAGCUGGCGACGCCGUCGAGAUGGACGGCUCCGCUCACUCCAGGUUUUCUUCCGCGGGGGGCGACAGGCAGCAGCCGGCGGCGUCUGAGAAGGACUCGGUGCGAUUCAUGAUGAACAGGAUCUUCCUCUGCAUCGAGGUGGAGCUGAACAACCUGAUCGCUCUUGGGGACAAGAUCGACAGCUUCAACUCCCUGUACAUGCUGGUGAAGAUGAGCCACCACGUGUGGACGGCGGAGAACGUGGACCCCGCCUCGUACCUGAGCACCACGCUCGGCAACGUCCUGGUGACCGUCAAGAGGAAUUUCGACAAGUGCAUUUCGAAUCAGAUCCGGCAGAUGGAGGAAGUCAAGAUCUCGAAGAAGAGCAAAGUCGGUAUCCUGCCCUUCGUCACCGGGUUCGAGGAGUUCGCGGAGCUGGCGGAAACCAUCUUCCGGAACGCCGAGCGCAGGGGAGACCUGGAUAAAGCGUACACCAAGCUCAUCAGAGCGGUCUACAUGAAUGUCGAGAAGGUGGCCAACGAGAGCCAGAAGACGCCCAGGGAUGUCGUCAUGAUGGAGAAUUUCCAUCGGAUCUUCUCCACGCUGUCGCGCCUCAAGAUCUCCUGCCUGGAAGCAGAGAGGAAGGAAGCCAAACACAAGUAUACGGAUCACCUGCAGUCCUACGUCAUUUACUCCCUGGGCCAGCCGCUGGAGAAACUGAACCACUUUUUUGAGGGGAUCGAGGCUCGGGUGGCCCAGGGGAUCAGGGAGGAGGAGGUGAGCUACCAGCUGGCCUUCAACAAGCAGGAGCUGCGCAAGGUCAUCAAGGAGUACCCUGGGAAGGAGGUGAAGAAGGGGCUGGACAACCUCUACAAGAAGGUGGACAAGCACCUCUGUGAGGAGGAGAACCUGCUGCAGGUCGUGUGGCACUCCAUGCAGGACGAGUUCAUCCGCCAGUACAAGCACUUUGUCGGUCUGAUCGGCCGCUGCUACCCUGGCGCGGGGAUCACAAUGGACUUCACCAUCCAGGACAUCCUGGAGUACUUCUCCAGCAUCGCGCAGUCUCACUGAGCCCGGCCCGGCCGGCGUCAGACACUCCUUCAGCGACGCGGAGGCUGUAUCCUUGUACUCCGCAGCUGAGGGAGGCGCAGGAGAAAAACCCGUGCCUGGAGAACAGAAACCGGAGACAGGCACUUAAUAUAGAAGCAGCGAUUGCCACGUGAUCUUGGUUUCCUUUAGGUUAUUUUGCAUUUCAACGCUGGUUAUGACUUUAAGGAUGUUUUUUGUGUGUGUGCGUGCUCCUCCUGAGAAGUAAGUAACGCGUUUGGAGUUGGGUGAAGUAAAAUGCUCCCGCUGUUAAGAUUGAAAAAUGGGACCCUACCGACAGCCUGUCAAGUUAAGCAUGAUUGUGGGUUCGUCUGAAGCAUUACAUUUGCCCCAGAUGUUGAGUUUGAGUUUGUUACGAACACUAUCAAUACACUAUUAAUGUAUCUUUCUGUUAACCACUAAUCUUUACAGACUGAGGAAUGAAAAAUCGUUCAGGUCUCUCUGAAAGCAUUAAGAAACACAUUGAUAGAUGAUAGAUGUCAAUGUUUUACUACAGUAAAAAUGAGAUUCCUGAAAGGUUACAAAAUCAAAUCUUCUAUAUUAAGCAGAAUUAGAGAGUAGUUAAACUGUGGAUACAGAAUCAUUUGGACAGAGUAGCACCUAAAUUUUGUUUAAGAGAUUACUGAUCCAUUUUUGGUUUUAUUGUGCUCAAGAAGAUACACUUUGUAUCUAUGCCUGGGCUGUUGAACCUGUAGAAUUUUUUUUUUAAAUAUGUUCCCACCAUAUGUAGUAAUAUAUUUUUAAAUGCAAAGAAAAUUGUCACCCAAUCAUGUUUUCUAAGAACCUUCACUAUCUUUGGAGGGUAUUCUCUAACACGGACAUUAAUCAAGGAAAAUAAUACUCAGAUAUUACACCCUGACCACAGAUCUUGGGUCUCUGGUGCUCAUAAUCACUGUGAGGGUGAAACAAGCACUCUGAACCUACUGUUUCUCUAAUAUUUAUUUUUUUUAAUUUGGUGCAUCUAUUUCAUAACACACUACCACAGCAAUUUUCAGCAGAGCUCUUUUGUAUGUGAAAGUAACACAUAUUGAAUAAAUCGUGUCUACUGCUUGG